CAGGGCCUGGGGCCACGGCAGGCAGUGCCACAGCAGGGCCCUGAAGCGUGGGCUGGGUCCUUGUCCCUGAAACAGAGAAGCCACUUCUCUUGGGCCCACGAGGCAACUGUCCCAUGCUCCACUGAGCACGGUGCCAUGCCGCUGCAGCUUCUCCUGCUGCUGACCCUCCUGGGCCCUGGCAGCAGCGUCCAGCUCGGGGUGACCCCGGUCUGGAGGCCGUCGACCUGGAACGAGGACGACUUCAGGGAUGAGGACUUUGACACCUAUGCUGGGAUUGAGAACACGGACCCUCCAGAAAUGCUUGAAGAUACUGGCACGGAGGCUAUGACCCUGAGCCCCAACCUUCAGGCUGUGAUGGGAACGUCAGGGCAGAGAGAUUCUGCAGGGCCUGGUACUCCCGAGCUAGCCACUCUGGAGGUCCACUCUGCUGGCCUGGAUGCAGGCGGGGCGGCCACUGGGAGCCUCGGCACGGAAGUGAUGACAGAGGGGAUUCCCAUCACACCGGGCCCUCUGCCCACAGAGCUGGUCACUUCAAUCCCUCCCAUCAUGGAGGCGCCAUCCACAGAUCUGGCCACGGUGAAGACCCUGUCUGUAGGGCCAGCAGCCACGGAGGCACUGACCACGCAACCUGCGGCCACGGAGGCACUGACCACGCAACCUGCAGCCACAGAGGCACUGACCACGCAACCAGCAGCCACGGAGGCACUGACCACGCAACCUGCAGCCACGGAGGCACUGACCACGCAACCAGCAGCCACGGAGGCACUGACCACGCAACCUGCAGCCACGGAGGCACUGACCACGCAACCUGCAGCCACGGAGGCCCUGUCCACAGAGCCAGCAGCCACAGGGGCCCUGUCCACAGCAGCCCCUUCCACGGAGCCCACUACCACAGAGACCCUGCCCAAGGACCCAGCCUCCAUGAAGGCUCUAUCCACACGACCUGCUAACACAGGGAGUCAAACCACAGCCCUCCUUGUGCCCUCUGAUCGCCGCGGGGGCACCACCGUAGCAGUCAGCGACUCAUCGGAUGGCUUCAUCAAACAACAGAAAAACAGCCAGCGCCUUUCCCCCGCGAGCCCCGUGUCCUCCAGCCCCACCAGCAGCCUGGGGCAGAUCCCGGUGAAGCACUGUCUGCUGGCCAUCCUCAUCCUGGCUCUGGUGGCUACCACCUUCCUUGUGUGCACCGUGGUGCUGGCCGUCCGCCUUUCCCGCAAGAACCACACGUACCCCGUGCGCAGCUACUCGCCCACUGAGAUGGUCUGCAUCUCUUCCCUGCUGCCCGAGGGGGGCGAGGGGCCCGCCGUCACCGCCAACGGGAGCCUGCCCGCCACCAAGAAGCCAGGCCUAAAGGGGGGGUCCGGGGAGGAACACGAUGGGGACGACCUCACCCUGCACAGCUUUCUCCCCUAGUGCCCCCUGCUCAGCCGCCUGAGCAGGGCCCCGGUGGCCUCGCUCCGGCCACUGCCCUCCUGGCCACCACUGAACACCCAGGCCCUAGUCCACGCGUCUGGGCUUCCCUGACCCCCGGGGGUGGGGAUCUCUCGGGCAGGGCCCCGGCCACGCCCACAGGACUGGGAGCAGCCAAGGUCUCCCAUUCCUCCGGCUGCUGGGCUUGCUCUCUGCCGAGCCCAGGGAAGAGUCAGGGGCGCCUGCCCGGGCCCCUGCCCGGGCCCCUCCCCUCGCCCACCGCCACUGUCCUCUGGUUGCCACGUUCACCGUGCAUUUUGGGGGUGGGUACGAAGGAGGGUUGGGUUCCUGAGGCCAUUUCCUGCCACUGCCCCACAGAGGGCAGCUUGAAUUUUCUCAGACGCCCCUCCACAGAGCCCAGGGUGAGGCCCUGCCCCAUGAGGGCCAGGGCAGGCUUGGAGGGCCAAAGGCUACACAUUUUUGUGCAACUGCAUGGAUCCACAAAAGCCCUCCUCCUGGUGCCAGAGAAACCUCGCCUGCCCUCUCUUGCCUGCCCCUGCAUCCAAGCCACAGGGCGGGC